UUACAUUUAUUAGCAAAUCAAAUAAGUUUUCAACCAUCACUGUCUCUCUGUAUGAAAGAAAGUAAGAAACGCAGUCUUUAUGUUUUCUCACUGAUUUUUUUUUGUCUUUCUCUCAUUUUCUUCUUUUCUCUGAAUUCUGACUUAGUCAUUUCUUGUCUUCGUAAUCUUAGUGAUUUUAUAAUCCAUUAUGGUUCAUUUUGUCAAGGAAAUAUAUCAAUAGGAAAAAAAAAAUAAGAAAGCAAGGAAAAAAAAUUGGACAGUUACAUGUCUCUUUCAUAGUUUAACCCCUACUUCUUUAGAUCUUUGUUGUCGCUCCUUGCCGUUGAUAGCUUCCUUGACCCUUUAUUCAUUUUCCAUUUCCUAAGCAUUUAUGGAUUCACACGUUCCUUCCAACCCGGUAAUACUACUGCCUCUAAUAAACUAUAAACGCUUUACCUUUCUCUUUGUGAGACUAAAAACCUCAACUUUUCAACCCUUUUAAGCCCCCAUCAGUUGGAAAAUUCAGGGUAGCAUUUUGGGUCUAACAGUGAUUCAAAUCAUGCUGUGAAGUCUUUACCCCUGCUUUGUAUUCAAGUUUGCAACUUGUUUCAAUGGUGUGUGAGAUAAAUUUGAGGGACAAAUGUUGUUUGAAGGUUUAAUGGGAGCCUAGGAGACUGGAGCUGGGGCAUAGCCAUGUUUUGUAAUUGUUUCGGUGCUUUGAAUUGUUUUGGAAGGAGGGAUGAUCCUGCGGACCAGCCACAUGAACACGCUGUUGCAACUAAAAAGUUUAGCUAUAACUCAUUGAGAUCAGCAACAAACGAUUUUCACCCAUCGAGCAAAAUUGGUGGAGGAGGUUAUGGAGUUGUCCACAAGGGAGUUUUAAGGGAUGGUACUCGGGUUGCUAUCAAGUCUCUUUCUGUUGAGUCUAAACAAGGGGUUCAUGAAUUUAUGACAGAAAUUGAUUUGAUAUCAAAUAUACGACAUCCAAAUCUUGUGGAACUGAUUGGCUGCUGUAUUGAGGGUAGUAAUCGAAUACUGGUUUAUGAGUUCAUGGAGAACAAUAGCCUUGCAAGCUCUUUGCUUGGUUCAAAAAGUAAAUAUGUUGCUCUGGAUUGGCCAAAGAGGGCUGCUAUUUGUCGUGGCACAGCUUCUGGUCUACGUUUUCUUCACGAAGAGGCUCAACCGAACAUUGUUCAUAGGGAUAUCAAGGCCAGUAACAUAUUGUUGGAUGGGAAUUUUAAUCCGAAAAUUGGGGACUUUGGUCUUGCAAAACUUUUUCCUGACAAUGUCACCCAUGUUAGUACUCGAGUUGCAGGAACUGUGGGAUAUCUUGCACCAGAAUAUGCACUUCUGGGACAACUUACAAAGAAGGCAGACGUUUACAGUUUUGGGAUUCUCAUGCUUGAAGUAAUCAGUGGGAAAAGUAGUAGCAUAGCUGCAUUUGAUGAGGACUAUUUGGUUUUGGUGGAAUGGGCUUGGAAGCUGAAAGAAGAAAACAGGCUUCUAGACCUUGUUGAUUCAGAAAUAAGUGAGUAUGAUGAGAGUGAGGUGUAUCGGUUCCUUGUGGUGGCUCUAUUUUGCACCCAAUCAGCUGCUCAGCAUAGACCAAGCAUGAAACAAGUAUUGGAAAUGCUUUCCAAAGAAGUUCAUCUUAAUGAGAAGGCUUUGACCGAGCCUGGAAUAUACAGAUGGCACAGCACUGGAAAAAGGGGUGGUUCUUUGAAUGAGACGUCAUCUCAGGCAAUCAAGCCCAGAAAAACUGGAAAUCCACAUGAAGCAGCUUCAGCUCACUUCAGUGGUACAGAUAUUGUGACAGAGAUGCUUCCACGAUGAUGAUGGUGUUACGUACAUAAUAGUGGAAUGUGAUAAUAUUUAGCAUUGUAGUUUUAGGAAUAAGAUCAAUGUGUUUCCAAAGGAAAUAUAUGAUCGUUGGAGAAUUGGCCUUAUUUCAUCAGCAUGUAUACCUAUGUGUAUGCUUUAUACUUAUUUUACUUUGCUAUUUUUUUUUUCUUUCUGCUGUUAGUAGUGUGAUAAUAGUCUUGUUUCUUGUCAAUCCUCAAAGAUAUAGGGUUUUUCAUAUAGUCGAUGUUUUUCU